AUGAUGGGGGCAGGGAUGAGUAGGCGAGUGGAGCAAUGUAUAGAGAGUUGUCUAGAGCCCUCGAUUGAGGUUUCAGAUUCCCUCGUGCCUCUCGUAAGGCCUCCCCAGGUGCUUUGCCUGCUCGCAUUGGCUCAAGGGAGCUCAGUAGUCACGCUCGAUGACAACUUCGACUCCGAGACCUCCGACCCGUCUGUCGCCUGGUUCAUCAAGUUCUAUGCCCCAUGGUGCGGCCAUUGCAAUGCCAUGAAAGCAGAUUGGGAGAACUUGGCGGAGAUUUACUCAGACUCUGAUGUGAUGAAGAUCGGUCAAGUUGACUGCACGUCAGAGACUGGAAAGGGCAUCUGCGAGAGGCAUGGAGUCCACGGGUAUCCUACCCUCAAGUACAAGCAGCCAGGUGGGAUGUGGAGCAUGUACAUGUCGGGGAGGGGCAAGGAGCAAUUGGCGAGCUUUGUGGAGGACGAGAUCCUUCCCAAGUGCUCGUUGGAGAACAAGGCGAGAUGCUCGAAGAAGGACCAGAACUUCAUGGAGAGGAUUCAAACGAUGUCGUUCGAGGAACGCAAGGCCUUGGAGGUCGAGCUGAACAAGGAGAUUGAGGAUGCCAAGCAUGCCCACACACUCAUCGCCCAGGAGCUUGAGAGCAAGUACCGGGAAAGCAAGGAGAAGGCAGACAGGCUGAGUAAGAAGAUCAAGUUCGAGCUCUCUCUUCUCAAACACUUCGGUAAGGGAUGA